CUUCCUUUUACCCCGCAUCAACGAAACCCAAGAACGCCUUUCUUUUUUUUUAAAAAAAAGGAGUCUUGAACAGUGUUUCCUUUUCUCUCUUUUUCUCUCAUCAGAUCUCACACCCCACGAUCAGCAGAUCCCUUCCUACCCUUUCGGUUGUAGAGACUCGUCGAUCACAUACAUCGCGUGCCGCUACCCAUACACCUCCUCUGUCACACUACUCCCUUUCCCUUUCGAGAUCCCCCACACCACCCACCACCACCACCACCACCACUAACCCUACCCCGACCCCACGCUCCUCGAGUCGCCUCACCGAUCAUCAAUCCGUGUGAGCUGACUCAACCCCGGUUACGAACCACCUCUACCCUUCUAUUCAAAUUGGAUUCCUCAAGAUCAUACCUCCGCUACCGCUACCCAUUGCCCUUUACGCAAUCGAUAGCAAUACCCUGUAUACUAGCUACACUACCUUGAUCCAAUCCACCUCCACCACAAUUCAUUCCUUCAAUAAUGGGCGGAAUAACCCUAGCCGACAAUGCCCCUGAUGAUCCGGAGGGGAGUUUCAUGCUCCCCACCAGCAAUACCUGCGGCGGCGGUAAUGGUCUCUACAACACCAGUCUGUUGAAGGAUCUCAACCUGCUAAACUUUUCGGGCUCGCCUAGCUUGACACCCACGGGCGCUGCAAACAUACUCAAUCCUAAUCUCAAUGCCAAUGCCAAUGCCAAUGCCAGUGCCAACGGUGGUAGUGGUAACGCGGAUGUGGCAGCGCUGACGUUUUCAAUCUCGGACUUUUUGGUUCCUGCGUUGCAGACCAAGGUCUGGGAGGAUUGGCAGGCUGCAGAUGACUUUACCAGCGCAUUCGAGACGCAGAACGAUCUCCAUCAUACCACUGCUAAUGGCAUGCCCUUUCAUUUGGGCCUGGACAGUGUGCUCGGAAGCUCGCUCGUCUCGUGGGACAAUGACGACCUUCCCGAGGACCAGGCCUAUGACGAGUUUGUGUUUGAUCUUCCACCCUCGGCUUUUGAGCCUCCAACAGUCAAUGUCGCGGACCUGAUCGUGGGGCCGCAUUCUGUUGCGGGGUCGACCUCAGUUUCGCCGUUGGAGCUCCUGGCGUUCCCGAAUGAGGAGGAUGAGAGAUACCGGGAAUUGAUGCUCGCGAAUCUUUAUGGGUUCACGGAGCCAGCGACGGGAUCUGAGGGCGAGUCUAGCUCGUCGGAAUCGGAGGAGGACGAUGCUGAGGAUUCGGAUGACGAGGAUGAUGAAGACGAAGGUCACGAUGGAGAAAAGGAUGUUGCUGAAGAACCAGUCCUUGACAUUGCGGCUGUCACCGUUGCUGAUGCCGAGCAGGAGGUCCUUCCCUCCGACAUCGAGUCCGAGACCAUGAUCAUCAUGGGGAUCAACCCCAAGAAGGCUGCCACUGCUCCCGUUAUGACUGCGGUGAGCAAGCCUGAGGAUCCCAACAAGCGCCGAAUGGAAGAGUCCCUGGCGGCACGAAUCAGCAACGAUCUCGGCCCUGAGCACAUGGCGGGACUCUUCAAGAUCUUGAAGGGCGACCAAGUCGAUGAUGAGGACGAGGAGAUGGAGGUCGAUUUGUCUUGUCUGGACGAGACGAUGCUGGUCCAGGUCUACCAGUAUGUCGAGACAUGCUGCAUGCAGACCAUGGGAUCGAUCGUCGCAGCAGAGCAGCGUGCGGCGUUGGAUAGAGCGCACCGCCAAAAGCAACAGCAACAGCAACAGCAGCAGUAUCAGUACCGACAUCAAGGGUACGAAGAUCGAACGCCGGAAUUGUCUCCAAGUUACUCUUCCUCAAGCUCGCCUUCACCCCCUCACUCAUCCUCGCAUCCUGUGUCGCCCACCAAAGGAUCCCGUAACACCAACAAGAAGCGCAAUGGCGCGACGAUGGCAUCGAUGAUGGUGUACCAGGAUGCAAAUCAUGGGGCAGAUCAGGAUCCACACUGGAAUGCUGGACACCAUCAUCCUUACAAGGCGACAGCCGCAGCAGCACCUACGGCUACGACGAGACGGAAACGAUCCAACACUGCGGGAAGUCGCAAGAUGCAGAAGGAUGUCCAGCACAUGCACCAGCAGCUGCUGCAGCAGGAGCAGCAGCAGGCGUAUGAGGCAUGUGUCGCUGCCGAGACUAUGAUGUUGCAGACGGCGGAUGAUGAGAUGGAUGUUGGCGAGGAUGCCGAGAUCGAUGUUGUGGGCAUCUAAAAUACCAUUCUGCAACUCUCUUUCUUUCUUUUUUCCUUUUUUUAUGAUUUACUAUUGCAUCGCUGGCUUCGGUUUUUCCGUUGUACCGUUGUUCAGCCCUGUGUACUUUACUCGCAAGCAAAUGCUUCGCAUGUAACUCAACCCUCGAGCGCUGUAUUUCUAUGAUGACUAUUUCUUCUUUUUCUUUUGUUUCCAAGUUAUCAGUGUAUUUUUUUUUUUUCUUCUGUACUUUUUUCGUGGUUGUACUUUUUGUUCUUUUCUAUUUUAUUUUUCCAGGCUCCGGUGGAUGAAAAGAUCCGAUGGAGUUAUUACUAUUACUAUUUUUGCUAUUUUUUGAAAAGAGAAAAGAAA